CACUCUCUAGUGCAAUCAUAUCCGCAAAAUGUUCCUCCUUUUCGUAAUAUUUACCGUGCAAAUAUUUGCUUGUGUACGUACUGAUGGAAACGGAGAAUCUACACGACAAUUCAACGGGGUGAACAAUAACCGGUACUACUUCAAUCGGGACUCGAACUACUACAGGUACGACCCCGUCAAAAAUCCCUACGUCAAUUAUUACGGCAAUAAAUACCCUAACAACUAUAGAGUUGAACAAAACAAAAAACAGUACUAUUACCCUUAUCAGUACCAAAGGCCUCACUAUAAUCCGAAUGCGCAGUACUAUAGGCCGUUGCCGAACGGCCCGCCGUACUACCGGCCGAAUGUGCCGGACCGUCAAUCUUUGAUAGACAUUUUGCACAGCGUUGCUCAGCACGACGAUCUGCAAUGCGUACCGAGAAUAAUAUGCGAGAUGAUCUCCGAUUAUGGAAGCGGAGGCCAAACUAACAUCAAGUUACCGUUCAACGUCGACAUGUCUUCACUAGUCGGGCUGUUGUCUUUUGUAAACGGGGCGAACACCUCGCCGAUCUUGUACUUCACCAAAGCAGCACUUCUUGGCGUCGCCUCGAGGAAGGACAGGAACUCCUGCUACAGUUCAUACCCCCGUUGUCCUCAGGACCCGGAUCAACUCGUCAAGUAUUUAAACAACCACAACGGCGGGUUUUUCAGGUACUUCAACGGACAGAGCGUGCCACAGUUCAGAGACGGGAACCAGGACAACCAGAUCCAAAAGAGAAUACAGAACAAACCGGCGAUUUACACCGACAAUUUCAUUCGGAACGACUACCGAGAUCGAUAUUAUAAUCCUGUGUACUACAACGAUGGUACCAGACAAGGCACGAGGAACAUUAAAUUCGAGGACAGUACUCAGAAGUACAUUCCAGUGCACGACUUUAUUGAUUACUAUCCUGUGCAGGAGAGUAAUUCAAUACAAUUUUCUAGUGGUAAAAGAGGACGAGACUUGAAGGAGCCUGGAGGAAAAAUAUUGUUUCCUGCUGAUGAUUACUCCGAGAAGUAUAACGGAGGUGGGGGAAACAACGGAUUUUUUCCUAACCAUUUGAGGCCAGUUGAACCAAUUUACCCUGACCGAACUGGUACCGGAAAUUUAAGGUUUAAUAACGAAGAACUUUAUUAGCAAACGUUAUUUUGCUGUUGGGGGUAAUUUGGGUAACGGUAUUUAUUAUUUAUUGUAAUAUACUACUUGUACAGUUUUGUAAAUAAAUAAAAAAAUAUUGGUCGUUGUUAUAUAAAUUUCACUUUUGUUUGUCAUCUUUAUGUAAAAUUCAGAUGUCUUAAACGAAGUAAUUCAAAUUUGAUCAAGAACUGUGCGCCAUAAAGCUUUACUAAAGUCUGGAUGAUGUGUUAACGUUUAAUAACGAAAAACUUGAAUAGCAAACGUUAUGUUGUUGCUGGGAAUAAUUUGGGCAAGGAUA